AUCACCGGUAAGGGCGUGAGACAUAUUAACACACCCAGUUUUUACACGCACGCCCAGUCAGUGCUGGCCAGACAGCGCCUCGGCAGCUUGCUAACGUUACUCAUUGUAACUGUACGUGUCGGCUCAAGUAUUAGAAGAAUAUCAGCAGCUCUUCAUCAUCAUUUGGCUGUCGACUCUUUGGUUUUACUUACGGAAAUAGCCUACAGUCAAUAGUUCAUUUGUGCGCAAAGUUGGAUAACACACGCUUGGAUACUUGUCACUAUGGGAGGAAGACGCAGAGACGCACCUGGAUCUGACGAGGACUACUCCUUUGUCAGUCCAGUUGUCAAAUACCUACUGUUCUUGUUUAAUUUCAUUUUUUGGAUAAUCUCUCUGGUGAUGGUGGCAAUCGGCGUGUACGCCCGCAUGAUGAAACAUGCAGAGGCCGCUCUGGCGUGUCUGUCAGUGGACCCCGCUGUAAUGCUGAUGGUCGUGGGGGUCCUGAUGUUCAUCAUCACCUUCUGUGGCUGUGUGGGCUCCCUGCGAGAAAAUAUCUGCCUUCUGAACACAUUCUGUAUUUGUCUGACAGUGAUCUUCCUGCUCCAGCUGGCUGCUGGGAUCCUGGGCUUCAUCUUCUCUGAUAAGGCCCGGACUAGGGUGACUGAGAUGAUCAACAAUGCUAUCGUCCACUACAGAGAGGACAUUGAUCUGCAAAACCUCAUUGACUUUGGUCAGAAAGAGUUUGGCUGCUGUGGUGGUGUGACGUACACUGACUGGUCCCAGAACAUUUACUUCAACUGUAAGCAGGACAACCCCAGCAGAGAACGCUGUUCUGUCCCCUUCUCCUGUUGUAUCCUAUCCAAAGACAAGGAGGUUAUCAACACAAUGUGUGGCCAGGGCAUGCAGGAGUUAGAGUACAUUGAAGCUGGAGACCACAUCCACACCAAUGGCUGCAUAGACAAAAUGGUGAACUGGAUCCACAGUAACCUGUUCCUACUGGGAGGCAUCGCCCUGGGACUGGCCAUACCACAGCUGGUCGGCAUCCUCUUGUCUCAGAUUUUGAUCAACCAGAUCAAAGACCAGAUCGAGCUUCAGAACUACAACCUCAAGCACCGCUCAGACCCGUGGAGCUAACCCAGGUCGGAUCAGACCAGAUUCUGAUGAACAGUACCAGAAACACGGUGACACCAGCAGAUGGGCGGGGGGACAACCACAAAUGCCUGAAAAACAUCUGUCAUCUCUGGCUGGAUUGAGCAAUUGGUAUCAUUGGUCUUUAGACUUAUAAAAAAACAAGACCAGUGAAGAGUCAGCAUGUGGACAAACCAUUAAUGUGCUUUCAAACACUUGGAACGCAUGGAAGCGAAGGUCAGUACACAUAAAGGAAACAGGUGGAAAAACAGGACUCUGUCACCAUCUACUGGAUGUAGACAAUGUUUGUAUUUACCAAACUUUAUAUGUUAGUACAUGCAAAGGCAGGAAGGGCAUUUGGCUAUCAGGGUCAUAUUGAUGGGAUCACUGACCUUAAGAACUGCAAUCAGUAUAAUCUAUUAUACGUCUUUUUUUUUUGUGUCAAAGACACCAAAUAGGAGUGGGUGUUAAUGCAUAUCUGUGUUAUUGUUUUUACCACUGUAUCCAUAAUGCUACAAAUUUUAACUGAAAAGGGAAUAGCAUUUAUGAACAUAUAUUGAUUUUGUUGACUUUUUUUCAAAAUAAAAGAGCGACAGACAGAAUGUCUUAUGCAUUCUCAGUAAUGUUGCUUAUCUAAGAGAUGCAUCUUA